AUGGCCGUAGAGCAGCGGGGAUGUCGCCGUGGUGCCAGGGGAUGUAAAGACCAUCUAAUGGUUAAUAAGGCCAUAUUAGAGGAUGCACAUCAAGCUCAAAAAAACCUGAGUAUGGCAUGGAUUGACUAUCAAAAAGCCUUCGACAGUGUAUCUCACGAAUGGCUUCUUAAGGUACUUGAUGUCUAUAAAUGUCCACUCAUGAUUAAGAGAUUCCUUCAGUUGGCUAUGCCACUAUGGAGAGUGAUCAUGACGGCCCGUGGGUCACACGAUUCAGUUACCACGGAACCGAUUUAUGUUAGGCGUGGAAUUUUCCUGGGUGACUCCCUAUCACCAUUGUUGUUCUGCUUAGCUAUUAACCCACUUUCGUAUAUACUCAAUAAAUAUGAACUGAAAGGAUAUAAACUCAAGGACAGUUUCUGGAUAAAUCACCUACUAUACAUGGAUGACCUUAAAGUUUAUGCAAACAAUAAGAGUAAUUUGAAAGUAUUGUUGGAUAGUGUGGAGGUAUUUACAAGCGACAUAGGAAUGCAAUUUGGACUAGACAAGUGCAAAAUAAUACACCUGAGUUCUGGAUAUAUAAGCAAUGCAAUAGGAGAAGGUCAUAUACUUUUAAGCGGGAAAACGUUUGAGCAACUUGCGAUAGGAGAUAGAUAUAAAUAUUUAGGAAUACAUGAAUCAGGAAAAAUAGAACACAGCAUCAUAAGAGAUCAAAUAACUAAAUAA